AUGAAGUUGGUUAAUGUCUGCGUUGCCUUGAUGGCUGCUACUACCGUGUCCUCGUUGUCUACUAGACAGUCACCCUAUCUCGCCGCCAGAGAACAUGAGAAUCAGCCAAGUGAUGAAGCUACCAAGGAGAUCAUGAACGCUGUUGCCGAAGCCGCCAAGAAGGCUGCCGCUGCCAAGGGCAAGGAGAUCAUUGACAAGGAGAAGGGAAUUGUCGUUGAGAAGGGUAAGGAGAUUGCCGAAAGCGCUAAGGCUGCUGCAAAGGCCAAGGCCGAGGCUUCCCUUAGACACUCGAAACAGGUUGCCCAAGAGAUCUUCGACAGCUUCAAGGGUUACUCCUUGAUGAAGAUUAAAGAGAUUGCAACACAGCUCUUGGAGCUCAUCAAGAAGAAGAUUGCGGAUGCUGUUGACUUCGGUAAGGAAAAGACUGGGGAGGUCAUCGACAAAAAGAAGGAGGAGUUCAAAAACAAGCUUGAGAAUGGCAAGCUGGUUGGGAAGGUGGGCAACUACUCCAUCGCUCUUUCUGCUAGAGAGUUGGACGAAUUCCAGCUCGCUGAGAGAGCUUUCCUUGACGAUGCCAUGGUGCACAUUUUCGUUCUUCUCAAGAGAUCAGGCUUGAUCAACAGCAUCAUCAGACAAUCGUUGAGUGACGAGGAUGUGAGAGAGGCCAUUGCUAAGAUUACUAUUGAAUUGAUCGACGCGGACGUGAUUCCCUACGCUGAGGUUUUUGAGGCACUCAAGGACUCUGGCUUGGCCCUUGACGUUGUGAAGUUCUCGCUCACUGAUCCAGAAACCAGAAGUGGUCUUGUUCAGUUGAUUGUGAAGCUCAUUCCGGAGUUGUUUCGUUCUGGUGUGUUGAACCCAUUAGACUACAUUGGCGGGCCUAAUGUUAGCGCUCGUGAUACUUCAAUCUCCGCUUCUACGUUGAGGACAAUGCCUGCUGUUCCCACCUAUUAG